AUGGGGCUUUUGUCAAAAGCAGUAAAAAGGCCGAAAGACACGAAUUCCAUUCGAGGCGGCGGGAAUAUGCUGGACAGGACCCUUUCUGCUGACGAUGCCUCCCUUGCCUACUCGACUUCAUUAGCAUCUCAGGAUGCACUAAUCAGCAAUAAGACUUUGUCAACGAUGUCAUCAGAUUGCAAUUCGUCACUUGCGAUGGGCUUCAAACGCUUGCCCACAGAGCUACGUCUCAAAAUCUGGAGGCGUGCUAGCGAACCACGCGUCAUCAUUCUCGAUGAUCUCCUCCGCAAACCAGAGGCAUACCCUCUGCCUCCAGUCACGCAGGUCAACCGCGAAGCGCGACUUGAGUCCCGAAAAGGUUAUGAGGCUGUAGGCCCAGGACAAUCUUCUCAUGUUCAUUUCGGGAGGGACAUUUUUGUCUGCGAUGCAAGCAUCACCGAAGCUACUUCAAAUGAGCCAUUAGAGUCGCUUGCCACGCGAGUCGAGCGGCUCGCAUUCUGGGAUUGCUUUCCAGACGACAAAAGAGUAGAACUGCCCUACUUUUACUCAACGUACCUUGCGGCGAGUCAGGCAGCGGCCAGUGCUGCUAUGAUAUCGGCCGGUUCUGUGCCAUCUUCGUCGGGUGUGGCUGUUUCUUCUGUCGGAUCCAGACUGCCGGCUGUCGACUUUGAUAAACUCUGGUUCCCAAAUUUACGAGAGUUGUGGAUUGUGAAAGUUGGAGGCGUGAAUAGGGCAUGGUUGAUUGACGCAGUAUCAGAGCAAGAAGCGGCGUCUGCAGAAGCUGUAACAACAGGUGCAACAUUACAAUGCCCUUCAUCGGUACCUCUCUCACAGCACCCACAAUCACGCCAAAGCGCUCGCAAAUUUCGGUACUGGGUGCAGGACAACGUUGUGGAGAUGGCUUCCCUCAGUUUAGACGACCCGGAUACGCGUCUCGUGCUACGUGAAGGGCGUUGCGGCAAGCCAGAUUGCCACGAGCUCAAUCGCGGGCGUCCGAUACUGCUCUCCAAGGUCACUUUCAUAGAGGGAAAGUAUCAGCCAUCUGAGGGGUGGCUGCGUAUUGCACCGUGGGACGGGCGCAAACCCGCCGACACCAGUGCCAGUGGGAGCAGUAUCUAUGCCAAGGAUAUGGCUGAGUACAAUGAUGACCAGGCCAGAGACUGCUCUCGUAACUCGAUGCGCUGGGUAGUGGUCGAAAGAAUUCUUACCUUCUCCCUCCGAUGGGAAUCCCCUGAUGAUGCGGAAGAGGGCUCACGCCGACACAUUAGAUCGCAAAGCCACGCUUAG